CAACCAAAUGAAAGCAGAAAAUAUAUAACAGAAAACAGCCUAAUAUUUAUAAUGUGCUGAAGGUCUUUUUUUUCUUCUUCCUCAGUCUCUCUCAAACUCAGUCCCAUUCUAUGCAAACAUGUGCACACACUGGAUACAUGCACACAUUUACACACACAUCUUAGAAUACAUGUUUGUAUAUCCGUUACAGUCUCAUGUGGUCACCUAUCAACCACAUAACAUGCUCUGCUUGGCCACUCAUUACCUCCUGACAGCAAUAAAGCAGACACACCCAGAGCUACCAUGGGCAAAAGGUUAAACCUUUUCAUUUGAAAAAGCACACAAACGAGCACCAACACACCCAGGUGGUAAAUGAGGCCAAUGCCCAGGACUCGCCUGAUUGGCUUGGUUUGACAAGUGAUGUCAUUUAUUCGGAGGGCCUGACCACUUAGUAAUAAAACUGUACACAGAUAAGGGUCAUCAACUCCUUAAAAGCAGCAGAAAACAGGAAAGCGUCUGAACGGACACGUACACACAGCAGAGAGUUUGCGGAGGAAGCUCACUGUGACAAAUCGAAACUUCUGGAUUCAACAGCAGGUGUAGUAGUUACAACCUGAGGAGGAGGUAUAGCUUGUGGAAAGAAGGGUCGACAAAUAGCUUGAAGGGCAAAAUCAAGAAGGCAAAGGAAGCAAGGAAAGAAAGGGAAAAUUAAUAGGGAGGAACCAAGAGGACAGGAAGGACAAAUAAAAGAGCUUUUGAUCCUUGUCUGAGUACACCAUGGUGUCUUUUGGACUCGAACUGGUCGGCGUCAGUCUGUCAGUGCUCGGCUGGGUGCUAAGUGUGAUCAGCUGUGCCUUGCCAAUGUGGAGGGUCUCUGCCUUCAUUGGCUCCAACAUUGUCACAGCUCAGGUCUACUGGGAGGGCCUGUGGAUGAGCUGCGUGUUCCAGAGCACGGGGCAGAUGCAGUGUAAGGUCUACGACUCCAUGCUGGCUCUACCUCAGGACCUGCAGGCUGCCAGGGCGCUAACCAUCGUCUCCAUCAUCGUGGGUGUGGUGGCUCUCCUCAUCUCUGUGGUGGGAGCAAAGUGCACCAACUGCAUUGAGGAUGAAGGGGUUAAAGCCCGGGUCAUGGCCGCCUCAGGUGGCUCGUUCAUCACAGCAGCUCUGACCCAGCUGGUGCCUGUUUCCUGGUCAGCACACACCAUCAUAAUUGAGUUCUACAGUCCACUCAUCCCCUCUGGUCAGAAGAUGGAGAUCGGGGCGGCGCUGUAUCUGGGCUGGGCCGCUGCGGCCCUGCUGCUUAUUGGAGGGUCCAUCCUCUGUUGCAGUUGCCCUCCACAGGAAGAGAAACAAAUAAGGUACAGCGUGCACCCCCAGAGUCGUAUAGCAUACUCUCCCACACCGAGGUCAAAUGCUCCAAGCUCCUACAACAGGAAAGACUACGUGUGAGGGAAGGACUGAGGGGGGGAGUAGGAUUGUGACCUCGUCAUGCUAUUUGUACUUGUAUCCUGCUUAUUUGUACAUUGUCAGGAAAUGUGUACAGUAAUGUAGCUAAAUAAUAUUUGCAUUGGUUUAACUGGAACCAGUUGUUCACUAGAAAAAGACCAGUUUGUGGACAUUUAGGACCAUAAAUGUGUGUAAAUAUGAAGACAGUUGAUACUUUUAAGAGAUAGAUUGGAAGCUCUAUACAGAUGUUUAUUGGUACUGUUUACGAUUACCAUUGGUCUAAAACAAGUUUGAGGAAGAUUUGACCAAAUGUGGUAAAAUA